AUGACAUUGGUAGGAAAAUUUCUGGGGCCUAGGCCGAAUAUUUAUAUUAUUGGGGCUUUUGCUAAACAUAAAUGGUCAUUGAAAGGACAAGUGGAGAUUAUAGCUAUGCCAAAAGGGGCUUUUUCUUUGACAUUCUCAUGCAAGGAAGAUAUGUCAAGGGUGCUUUGUGAUGGUCCCUGCUUGAUUGGUAAAGCUAUGCUAGCUCUACAGAAAUGGGCACCUAAGAUGGCACUCAAUGAAUCCUUUUUUGUCCUGGCCCCGGUCUGGGUUAGAUUGCCAGGGCUUCCCUUAGAAUUCUGGGUGGAAGAUGUGUUUAAAGGUAUCACUAACUCAUUUGGUGAACUCCUAUCUAUGGACCCCAUAACUGUAGCUAGAAGAAGACUUACUUUAUCCAGAAUCUGCGUUGGAGUUACACAAGGAACAAACAUGCCUCUAUCCAUUGAAAUCAACACUCGCUUAGGAAAAUGGAACCAACCUCUAGAAUAUGAAAGAAUCCCCUUCACCUGCUUUCAUUGUAAAAAAGUGGGACAUAUAGCAAGGAAAUGCCCUCUACAGAUAGCCAUAGUGAAAGAAAAGAAAGAGAGGACGUUACAGUGGAAAGCUAGAAACUGUAUUAAGCAAAUUAAGAAUAAUGAAAAAGAGAGAAGUUUUGAAGAGGACCAGAAUACUAUUAUCCCACAUACAACAGAGAAAUACAUUGACAAUAAUGAGGAUAUACCAUAUAUACCUUUAAAUGAUAAAGGUAAAAUGAACCAAACAAGCAAAGGUGUUAAAGGUCAAAAUGAUAUCAAUCAGGAUGAUCAAAAGAGUGAUAUCCUGGAAGAAGGAAAAAUACAAGUAUUAAUAAAGAAUAAUGAAGAAGUUGAUUCGAACCACAUUGCAGAAAAUACCAACGGAGAAAGCCUUAGCAAUGACUUUGAAGAAGCCUAG